AUGACUGAGCGGACCUCGAAUGUGCGGCUCCAGGGAUUCGAGCUGGGGCCCUAUGCGACGAAUUGUUACGUGGUUUCGUGCGGCGGGCCGUCGUGCUGGAUCGUUGACGCGGGGUUCGCGCCGGGGGCGCUGAUCGAGGCGGUCCGCGCGGGCGGGCUGACGCCCGAGAAGAUCCUGCUGACGCACGCGCACAUCGAUCACAUCGCGGGGCUCACGGAGAUCCGGCGGGCGUUCCCCGGCGUCGAGGUGUGGGGGCACGCGAGCGAGUUCGAGUGGUUCGGCGACCCGAAGCUCAACCUGAGCGGGGCGAUGGGGAUGCCGUUCACGUGCGAGGAGCCGGAGCGCGAGCUGACGGCGGGGAUGACGCUCGAACUCGGGGACUCUUCCUGGGACGUGCUGCACACGCCGGGGCACUCGCCGGGGAGCGUGACGUUCGUGGAGCGCUCGGCGAACCUGGCGAUCGUGGGCGACACGCUGUUCAGCGGUUCGAUCGGCCGGAGCGAUUUCCCGACGAGCGACGAGCAGACGCUGUACGCCUCGAUCCGCGGAGAGAUCUACACGCUUGACGAUGAGACGCUCGUGCACCCGGGGCACGGGCCGAAGACGAAGGUCGGGAUCGAGAAGGCGCUGAAGGCUCGGACGGAGUUCGUGCGCCUUGCGGAAGAGACGAAUCCGUACGAGGAGGCGGUGCCGGCGCUGGUGGCGCACCCGGAGGAGGGGUGGCAGUGCGGGGGUGUGAAGGAGGCUCCGUUCGUUCUCUGGAUGCACGGGCGGACGGUGAGCAAGGAGCUGGACCCGGGGCGGUACCUGCGGUGGGUGCGGAAUGGGAUCGGGGUGUGCGCGAUCGACCUUCCGGGGCACGGCGAGCGGUUCGAGCGGUCGUACCAGGUGUCCGAGCACACGCUCGAGACGGCGGAGCAGGCGAGCGUGGAGGUGGACCAUGUCCUCGACGAUCUGCGCGCGCGGUACGGGGAUGUCUUCGACUUCGAUCGGGUGGGGAUCGGUGGGAUGAGCGCGGGGGGCGUGGUGACGCUCGUGCGGUGCUGCCGCGAGCACGCGUUUUCGUGCGUCGCGGUGGAGGCGACGAUCGGUGACUUUGAGCGGAUGCGUGACCGUCCGUUUUAUGUGGAAGGAAUCGCGAAGCGUUUGAACCCGAUCGAGCGUCUGGAAGGGUGGCGGUGCGUCCCUUUCCUGGCGUUGCACUCGGAGAUCGACGCGUGGAUCCCGGUGGAGGGGAUGCGUUCGUUUGUCGAGGCGUUGCGGAACAAAUACCGUUCGGCGGGCGUUGACGAGGGGCACGUGCGACUUGUGACGUGGCCCGAGACGGGGGCUCCGCACGAGCACAUGGGGUUCGGCAAGGUGUCGAACGAGGCGAAAAACAUCCAGAAGGACUUUUUUUCGGAGCAUCUGCUCGCCGACGGGCCCGAAUUUUUUAUGAGAACUCUGGCCACUUUGAGCGCCGUUGCGGUGUCCAUCGCGCUGUCCGGCGCGGCGAUCGCGGAGCCGGUCGCGGACGAGACGAUCGAGCAGGCGAUCGAGACGUACAACGAGCAGUUCCAGGCGGGCAUCCAGGCCCGGACGCUGGACCGCGCCGGCGCGAGCGAGCUCGCGAAGAACGCGGUGGCGGGCAUCGACAUCUCCGAGCUGACCUUCGAGCAGCUCGAGAUGCUGAGCGCGGGCGGGGUUCUGAACUACGCCCCGGCGGAGGUCGGCGAGGCGGUCGCGGCGCGGGCGGAAGCGUUCGUGGCGCAGCCCGACGUGGACGGCGCCCGCGCGGCGCUGAUGGUGAUGGGUCUGACCGCGGUCGCGAGCAACGACGCGGACGAGCUCGUCGAGUCUCUGGGCGUGGCGCUGCGUCACCCGGCGAUCGGCGAGGCGAUGAAGACCGAGGCUUCGCAGCAGCUCUUCGGUGUGAUGCGCGCCUUCAACGGCGUGGACCUCUCGGCCGUGGAGGACGAGCUGGUCGCGUUCGGCAAGAGCAUCAAGACGGACUGGUACGAGGGCUCGGCGCCGAUGGCGGGCGAGCUGGUCAACGUGGUCCGCGGCGUGGCGAGCGAGGAGGAGGUGAAGGUCAUCCGGAACAACGUGAUCGCGUGGUCCGAGCACGUGCGUGACACGGCUUCCGACCCGCGGAUCGCGCAGAUGGUCGAGCGUCAGCUGGGCCUGAUGGAGAGCGCGUUCGGUCGCGGCGAGCUGAUCGGCUACCCGGCGCCCGAGCUGACGUUCGGGUGGUCGAGCGACGCGAAGCUCACGAAGCUGAGCGACCUGAAGGGGAAGGUCGUGGUCGUCGACUUCUGGGCGACGUGGUGCGGCCCGUGCAUCGCGAGCUUCCCCGAUGUCGCGAAGCUGCAGAAGUUCUACGAGGGGUACCCGGUGGAGAUCAUCGGCGUGACGAGCCUGCAGGGCUUCCACAUGACGCCUGAUCGCGAGCGGAUCGAGACGGCGGACAACCCGGACAAGGAGUACGGCCUGAUGCCCUCGUUCAUGGAGGGCAAGGGGAUGACCUGGACGGUCGCGUUCAGCGAGCAGGAGGUCUUCAACCCGGACUACGGCGUGACCGGCAUCCCGCACGUGGCGAUCAUCGACACGGAGGGCAAGACGCGGUUCAACAAGAUCCACCCGAGCUCUCAGGUGACGCCGUUCAAGGACAAGGUCGAGAUGAUCAACGGGCUGCUCAAGGAAGCGAACAUGGAGUUCCCGGUGUACGAGGACGAGGCUGCGCCCGCUGAGGGCGAGUGA